GCUUACUGCUUAAUGCUUAUAAGAAAAAAAUGGAAUGCGUUCAUCGGAGUUUCAACAAUCGUGUUAUGAAAAUUUACAACUAAUUGAAAAUUAAUUAAAGUUUACAACAAUUCAUAGUUUCUAAAAUGGGUCGAUCAAGAUCCCGAAGUAAAACACCACGAAGACAUCAUAAAAGCAGCAAACAUUCAAGAAAGAAGAGUCGUUCAAAAGAUCGCUCUUCAUCGCGAAGUAGGAGUUCUAAACACGCUGAGAAAACUAGAGAACGGAGUUCCAAGUCAAGAAAAAGAUCGCAUUCAGCGUCGUCGACAUCUAGUAGUGGCGGCUCUUAUGAUGCAAAUAGAACUAGUAGAAAGAAAUCCAAAGGACGCAGUAAGAUGGACGAAGUGGAUCGGCUUGCAGAAAUGGAAAGACAAAGACGUAUUAGAGAAGCAGAACAAAAGGUAGUUGAAGAAGAAGCUGCAAAAAGAAUCGAACUACUUGUAAAGAAGAGGGUUGAAGAAGAACUAGAGAAGCGUAAGGAUGAAAUAGAGCAAGAAGUUGCGAAAAGAGUUGAAGAGGCAAAGAAGAAGAUGGAAAAAGAAAUGAUGGAGGAACUAGAAAGGCAAAGAGAACAGCAACGUCAGGAGGAAAUGGCUCGACAGGAGGAAGAAGCUCGUAAAAGGAAAGAAUUGGAGGAAAUCAUGGCAGAAAAUAACAGAAAGAUAGAGGAAGCCCAACGCAAGCUGGCUGAAGAAAGACUAGCGAUGAUAGAAGAACAAAGAAAAAUGGAUGAAGAAAGACAAAAACUUAAAAAAGAACAGGAAAAGAGAAUUAAAGAGGAACAAAAGAAAAUUUUAGGCAAAAAUAAUUCAAGACCCAAACUAUCAUUUUCACUGAAGCCUCUCUGAUGGGUAUUGUCAAUAUAUAAUAAACUUUUGCGAAGUUGAAGUUCUAUGUAUCUUGUGUUACAAACAAAAUUUUCCAAGUGUCAUAAUUAAGGUUUGAUUUUAAAAAUUUGCAAAAUAAUAGUGAUAUGAUAACAGAUACAUUAAAACGUAUUAUUUCAUUUGAUUUAUAAACAAAGUAAAAACUAGUUAACUGA